AUGGCGCCCCGCGGCAGCACGCGCGGCGGCUACUGGGUAUGCAGUGCGGCCAGCUGCCGCCAGUGGAACUGGAGCUGGCGCACCACGUGCCUCGGCUGCAAGGCCAAAGCCCCGCCGUGGGUCAAGGCAGCAGGCAAGGAGGCGGAGGGCCCGAAACCUCCACCGCCCAAGGCCGACGCGGCUGGGUGGGUGGAGCAGCCCCGCGGGCGGCAGGGGCAGCGGCGCGCGCGCGGAGCGGCUCGCGCGGCCUCGCAGGCCUCGGCGGCCAGCGACCGCACUGGGGCCAGUGCCGCGGCGGGCGCAGGUGCGGAUGCCCAGGUCAGCGAUGGCCCAGUCGGCGGUGCCGCCCAGCCAGCGAGCCGGGUCGAGGAAUACCUCGAGACCGUGCGGACCUUGGAGGACUGGCUCCAGCACCCGCCCCUCGGCGUCUCCGCCGACUUCGAGGCCCAGAUCGGCGGCCAGCUGGAGUGUGCACGAGCCGGGCUGGAGCAGGCCAAGGCCGCCGAGGCACAGGCUAAGGCGGCGAGCCUCUCCAGAGCGGCAAGGAUGCACCGCGACGCCAACGCCGUGGGCAAGGCUGAGCGCAGGCUCACGGCGGCCCGCAAGGCGCUCGAGGAGAAGAACCAGGCCGUGCACGAGGCCGAGGACCGCGUCCAGCAGGCGCACGAGGAGCUGGCCCAGCUGGCAGCCGAGCGCGACGAGAGCGAAGCUCGGCUCCGCGAGCUCGAGGCCGAAGCUCAGGCGGCAGCUGAGGAGGAGGAGCGCCGCACGGCGGCGGCAGUGGUCGAGAGCAGCCCAGUGCCAGGGCUCCUCUUCCAGCUCGACCACCUGGAGGACGCCUGGCGCUCAGGUAACUUCCAGACUGCUUGGGUCGAGGUGCAGAGGCCGCGCGUCGCGGCGACGCUGCCGGCCCGUGGGCGCCGGUCAGUGCAGAUCUUCGGCGGCAUCUGGCUGAUGCCGCUGAUGAGCUCCCUCUUGCCGCUAGCCAGCCCGUGGAUGGCGGCGGGGAGUCCAAUGGGUCUGGGCUUUGACGGGCGGGUCAUGCCGCCUGGUGAAGGGGCCGCUGCGUCGCCAGGCCAGCGCAUGGCGGCAGCUGAGGCCCUUGGGGGCCACCGUGCCCCGCGGCCCCCAGCAGCGGCGUCGGUGAUCGGCGGCCUCCCUGGGCGCGGCGGUGGCCCCUCAGCGCCGGGCGCCCCCGGCAGCGCGGCUUUCCCUGGUGGACUCGUGGCCCUGGGGUGCAACGGCAACACCUGGAACAGGAGCAUGGAAGUCCUCGAGAGCUACCGCGCGCGCUUCGGGCACUGGCCGCACCUCGUCAUGCUCCAGGAGACGCGGCUGGAGCGCAGCGAGCAGCUCUCGGCGGCCCGUGCCAGGGCCCGCAGGCUCGGCUAUGAAGCCUUCCUGCAAGCAGCCGCCCGCACGGAGGGCCUCGGACCCUUGAGCAACUCAGGGGGCGUUGCCAUCCUGGUGAGGCGGGACCUCCAGGCCCAGCUGGUACCUUGGCAGCUGCCCGCGGAGGUCUCGCACCGCCUCGUCGGAGUUACAGUGGCGACAGCUUCGGGGCUGGAGGUCAUGGCUGCCUCGGCCUACUUCCAGCACUCCCUCGGGCCGAAGGGCGUCAACCUCGACAUCGUCAGCGCCUUCAGCGGCCUCGCCGCGACAGCUGGCCGCAUGCCGUGGCUCCUCCAGGCGGACUUCAACAUGGAGCCGUCCGUGCUGGACGAGCUGGGGUGGCCCAGAGGACAGCUUGGCGUCUACCUGGGCCCUGGGGCGCCCACCUGCUUCGCCCAGCGCCAGGAGCACGAGUGCGACUGGUUCACGUGCUCACGCGCCUUGGCGCACACCACGCGGGCCUGCCGCGUUCUCAGCGGCUUCGGGCUCCACCCCCACCAGCCCGUCGAGCUGGUGCUGCAGGACGCGCGGCCGGACGCGCUGGUCCAGGUGCUGCGCCGGCCCGGGCGCUUCCCCGACCUCGACCUGAAGGAAUGCACCCCCAGCGAGAGCGCCGAGGUGCAGCGCUACGUCCGUACGGGGCCCUCGGCCUGGCGCGCCGAGGCGGUUGCUUGGGGGUGGGGGCCGGGCUCGGCCCCAAGCGAUCUAGGCUCAGCGGUGCACCAAUGGAUCCAGGCUGCCGAGGGCACCCUGGUCGGCAUCCACGCCACCGACGCCAGUCAGCGGGCCAGAUUCCUAGGGAGGGCCGACGCGCCCCAGCUGGUCUACAAGCCGCUGUCUGCCGUGGUGCGACGCGAGUACCGCCUGAGGCACUCCGCCUUGACGCACCACAUCCGUCUGGCCCUGGAUCUCGCUCUGCAGCGAGUGAAGGCCGCCGUCACCGAGACCUGGCAGGAGGCCCACCGCUCCUGGUACGUUACGCAGGGGGAGCGCCGCGUCAAGCUGCUAAACGCUUCCACCCAGGAGGCGCGAGACGAGGGAGACCUGGACUUCGACGUCAGCGACUGGGAUGACCUGGUGUACUACGCGGGCGUCGAGGGCCACGGCGGCGCCAUUGCCGUGUUGCAGCAACGCCUUAGCAGCGCGCAGCGCCGUGAUGGCGCUCGCAGCGCGGCCUCCUGGAGGAAGUGGGCGCAGGAGGCGGUCCAGCGUGGAGGCCGCCUGGCCCACCGGUUCGCCAAGGCUGCCCCGCCGCCUCGUGUCCUCGAUCCCGACUCGGGGCGGCCGCUCGCUGGCGUGGCCGCCAUCGGUGAGCUGGGGCAGAGCUGGAAGCGUCUCUGGCUCCAAGCGGGCUUCGUCGGCGGCUCCGGAGUGGAAGGGUGGGACACGCCCGGGUGGCAGCUCCCGCCUCUGUCCCUGGAGCAGCUCCAGGGGGCCUGCCGCCGGUGCUCCCCUACCUGCGGCCUCGGGGCCGACCAGCUUCACCCGCGGCAAAUCCUGCUGCUGCCGCUGGCCAUGCAAGUGCGCUUCCUAGACCUGCUCACCUGCUACGAGGCGCAGCCGCGCGCGUCCAAGACCCACUUCCUGGCCUCCAGCAUGGAGCUCGGCCAGAGCCUCCAGGCGUGCUGGGGCGAUGCCGGGUGGCGCUUCGAGCGUGCGCUCCAGGCGCGCAACCUUGGCACCGACGCCAAUGUCACUCGCCGGGGCGUCCACGAGGGCCACGGCAGGGCCGCCGAGGCCCUUGCGCGAACCAGGAGGCUGCGGGUCCUCAAGGCAGCUGGAGCUGAAAUCGACGCCGUGCACAAGGCGGGACCCACGGCCAGCAUGGUGUGGGGGCGUACGGUGACUGGCAUUGCUGACGGCGAGCUCCACUGCUGGCGGGUCGCGGCGGCGAGGAGCGCAGGCCGGCUGCCCAAUGGUGCGCCUCUGGGCUUCCGCCUGCGUGCGGCCGAGGUGCAAAGGAACCGUAGCCUGGACCCAGCUGCCAUCUUGGCGGGGCAGACGGUCUCGAUGUUGGCCUCGCUCCUCCAGUCUGGCGAGGUUCCGUUGGGCAUGAUGCGGGCGGGCCUCGAAGCGGCCGACUCGCGCCGCCAGCAGUCUGCCUCGCCAUGGGUGGCGUGCCGGUCGCCGAUCGACGCCGCAGUGCUCUCCAUGAAGCGCAUCGGUUGGCACUUCGUGUCCGAGCGCCAGCUGGUGACCGACCAGGGCGACGUGCUCAACCUCCUGGAUCUCGGCCCGCGUGACCUCGGGCAGGAGGCCGCGUUUGGGGCCCGGCGAGCCUCCGACCGCAGCGAGCUCCAGAGGCUGGCCAAGGGUGGCUGGCACACCCAACCGCUCUUCUGGGACGCCAUCGGCGGGCUCAUCGGCCCUGGCGGGCUGCUGGGCGCACGGGAGAAGGCGGCCUUCGUCUCGUAUCUGAGUAACGCGCGCUGGCCUCAGCAGCGGCUGUGCCGAUCAGGCGAGCGGAGCCACAGCCGCUGCUGCCUUUGCGGGGCGGCGAGAGGGACGCUGUGGCACCGCCUCUUCGAGUGCCCUGCGCACGAGCCUGUGCGGCGCGACAGCGUCUCCACCAGGCUCCUGCGAUGCGCGCGGCGCGUGCGGGCCCUGGGAGGGGAGGCGGCCGAGGACUUCGCCAGAGGCUGGCUCCCGGCGCCUUUCCCAAGGCUUGGGCCCCGCAGCGACGCGAUGGAGGUCUACUGGAUCAACCGCCCCGCUGACUCGCGGCUGACCGGCCGGCUGUUCCUGGACGGGUCGGCCCUGGAGCCGGCGUUCGGAGCUUUGCGGCGCGCGGGCUGGGCGAUCGUCCAGACCGACGCCGACGGCAACCUUAUCGCGGCCGCCUUCGGCACGGUUCGCAGGGACCUCUGCCCGCAGCAGACGUCCAAGAAUGCGGAGGACUUCGCGUGCUGGAUGCUGUGCGAGGUGGCGGGCCCUGGAGCCCUGGAGCUGAACAUUGAUUGCAGCUCCACGGUCGCCUGCCUGCGCAGAGGCAAGGCUUACGCGACCGCGGCUGGCAGGCCCGGAGCCCACUUGUGGUCGAGGCUUUUCGCCACCUUCGAGCCCGGCGACUACGAUGUCCGCAAGGUGCCAGCCCACUGCUCGAUGGUUCAGGUGCGCGAAGGGCGCCUGACGGAAGCGCAGCUCCGCGGCAACAGGCUGGCCGACGCCUAUGCCGAGCGCGGGGCCCAGUGCCAUGCCGUGGACCCCCAGGUGGUCAGGGAGUUCCACGGCUUCGUCGCGGUCUACAACGAGCUGGCCAGAUGGAUCGCGCGGGCCUCGGUGGAGCACCAGCGCUGGGAACGCAAGGACGCCGAGGACCUCCCGGAGGGCGACGAGCGCAAGAGGCCGCUUGUCAGCUUCGCCGAGGGCAUCGCUGUUGCGACAGUCAUCGUCUUCGGCCACGCCCUGAGGUACGCCCGCUCGGGUGACGGCGACGACGAGGAGGAGCUGAUCGGGUGCCAGCGCUGCGGGGCCUACAUGCAGCUGGGUGGGCGCAGCGGCGCCAGGCCUAAGCUGAAGGAGGCUUGCCCUGGCUGGCGGGGGGCCGACAAGGCCAUGCGUGCCCAGAGGAGCCAGUGGGAGCGCGGCCUUCACCCAAGAGGUCGGCGCCGCGAGCAGGGCGAGCGCAGGCUGCGCCCGGAGCCGCUCACCGAGGCCGUGAGGCUCGGCUACCUCGACUUGCAAGAGUGGUCGGCGGCCGCUGAAGCAGCUGCCGAGGAGCGCAAGCGGCGGCGCCUCAACCCUGAGGCCGCCGACGUGGAAUGCGAAUUGUGA